CGUAGCUGCAUAGUCUGAGACGGAGGGCAAAGCGGCGAGCAGCAGAGAGGCAUCGCCCUAGAUAACGGUAGAAUCGUGGGCUGGUGUCGUGCUGCUUUUCGCGAAAGUGCUUUGGAAAACCGAGAGGAACCGUAUCGAGGCCGUUCGACCGUAUCUAGUAAAAUCAUUAUCCGAACUGAGGUUGUUAUCCGGUGGUGUGUGGAAGACCCGCCUCGAGCCAGUGAUUAUCGGCUCAUCGAGGCGAUCGUAUAGAGGACCGUGCCCUAAGGAGCUUUGGUGCACGCGCGGCGCGCGAGAUUUUCGACCGAGUGCGGAAUUUUCUCAGCCACCGGUGGAGCACGUUUCGUUUCGUUCGUAGCGACUAUAUCUGGUUCGUGGCGACCGUAUUAGUCGGCACCAGUCCACGGAUUCUCCCCGCGGUCGCUUUCGAUGUGUUCGUUACGCGUACGGGACGACGAACCGACCAGCACAGGAGUAGGAAGCGAGUAAUCGCCGGAGAAUCUCUGUAGAUUGGGAUAUAGUGGGCCGUGGACAAGGACGGAGAACGUACGAUAGAGAGGGAGGGAGACGAAGAGAGUGUAACGAAGGAGUGCGCGAGGAAGAAAGAGAGGGACGAAUACGAGAGUGCGAUAGAGGGCCAUUAGAUCCGAGGGGUACACGGGUGUACGAGUCGAGUACGCCAAACAGAUUCAACGAAUAUUUUCGAAGGUGCAAGAGAAGUGGCGUUGCGUGAAUUAGCAAGAAGGGGGUGCAAGGUUGAGCGGCGGUACUCGACUCGAAUAUUCUUGUAGUGGCUCAUCGAUUGCGUUUCCCUGGAUUUUCUGACGCAGGUCUGAUCUAACUGAAAGCAAAGAGGAGCAAAACGUGGCGGAUUCGGUGACCCCUCGGCUGUGACCAGAGGCGCACAGAGAAUUAGGGCAAGGAAAUGCGUGAAUAUAAAAUAGUGGUGUUGGGCAGUGGAGGUGUAGGCAAGUCCGCCCUCACUGUCCAGUUCGUACAAGGAAUCUUCGUGGAGAAGUACGAUCCGACGAUCGAGGACAGCUACCGCAAACAGGUCGAGGUCGACGGUCAACAAUGUAUGUUAGAAAUCCUAGACACAGCUGGAACGGAACAAUUCACAGCCAUGAGGGACCUUUACAUGAAAAACGGCCAAGGAUUCGUGUUAGUGUACUCGAUAACGGCACAGUCGACGUUCAACGACCUGCAGGACCUCAGGGAGCAAAUCCUGCGGGUGAAGGACACAGAUGACGUGCCGAUGGUGCUGGUGGGCAACAAGUGUGACUUGGAGGACGAAAGGGUAGUGGGCAAAGACCAGGGCGUCAACCUUGCCCGACAAUUUAACUGCGCGUUCAUGGAGACCUCUGCCAAAGCCAAAAUUAAUGUUAACGAUAUCUUCUAUGACUUGGUGCGACAAAUCAACAAAAAGUCACCAGAGAAGAAGAUGAAGCAAAAAAAGAAAUCGCUGUGCCUACUUCUGUAAGGUAGAUCUAGCAGAAGCCCAUACUCUCCUGCAUGAAACAAAUUCACAGAAAAACUAAAGGGACAAAAAAUCAACCAGCAACAACCAGCAACAAAUCCGGACACAACCAGCGGAUGAUACAGGGGUUCAGGCGAUCACUGAAUAAAACUAAAGCUAGUUGACAAGGAGUGGGCUGACGGAAUCACAAUAAAUAGAAGAAAAAAGGGACAAGAAACGGGGAACACACAAGAAGGAGACGUAGAACACCAAGAGGAAGAGGAAGAAAAAAAUAAAUGAAGGAGGUGACAAUGAGAGACAGGGGCAGGAAAGAAAGUGUGGAAGAUGAAGAGCGUGGAGAAGGAAGUUGAAGAGAAUAAAACAGAAAUAGCGGGAAAAUAUAAGCAGGGAGGAAAAAUAACAAAAAAAGAAACUAAUAAUGUUGUACAUACGUUGGUCCCGGGGUGGUUCGUGUGCACGCGCAAACAAAGAGGCGCACAAAGAGUUUUUUAGUGUUAACGAGACCCCGUGACGUCGGUUAUCAUUAUAGUAGGAGUUUUGCAUUAAUGAAUAAACAAGAAGAAAAAGUAAGGAAGAGAGAAGACGGAAGAACACAAG